AUGAAAAUGCUGAGCCGCCAAAUUGUCUGGUGGCCGGGACUCGACGCUGACGUCGAGAGAAUUGUUCGAGGCUGUGAUGUCUGCCAAUGUGUUCAAAACAGUGCACCUCUUCCUCCACUGCAGCCGUGGCCUUCUUCCACACGAGUGUUCCAACGAGUACAUUUAGAUUUCGCUCAGAAAUAUGGUACGAACUUUCUACUCCUUGUGGACGACUACUCAAAAUGGAUAGAGGCAGUUAUAAUGCCCUCUACGACAGCCGAGAAGACCAUCGAGCAGUUGCAGAUCAUAUUUGCACAGUUUGGCCUUCCAGAGGAAGCUGUGACGGACAACGGUCCUCAAUUUGUAUCGGAAGACUUCCGCAACUUCAUGUUGGAAAAUGGCAUCGUACAUACGACGACCCCACCAUACCAUGCGCCAUCAAACGGACUUGCGGAGCGGGCAGUUCAGAGCUUGAAGAAAGCACUUUUAAAGCAAGUAGUUGAGGAAAAAUCCAGGAACAAGAAAAGGAGCCUUCAACUAAAACUCUCAAACUUCUUGUUCGAGUAUCGGACAACGCCCCAUACUACGACGGAGAAGACACCAGCAGAACUAUUCUUAGGUCGGGUGCCAAGGACGCGCCUUACGUUACUGAAGCCCAGCUUUUCGCACAGACGUCGCGAGAAGCAGAACAAAAUGAAGGCUUACGCUGAUAAGCGACGGUCCAGGCCAAGAACAUUUGAAGUCUGA